AUGGCAUCAAAACGUGUUUCAAGAAGAUUGAACGACGACGAAAUUUCACACCUUUUGAACGACACAGCUUCGGACUUUGAUUCGAACACUGAGCUUGUGGAUAGGGCUGAAAUUGAGGACUUUGGUGGUUAUGGGAGAUUCCACUGGCGUCUGAUGGGAGUGUGUGCAUCGCUGCAGGCAGCAGAUGCCAUCGAGAUCCUCUGCAUCUCCUUCCUCCUCCCCGUCGCACAAUGCGAUCUCGGUCUUACCUCCACCCGCAAGGGAUGGCUGAAUGCCCUCCUCUUUCUAGGCCUCCUGAUGGGGGGAUACGUGGGAGGAAGCCUGAGCGACCAGGUGGGGCGAAAGCGGGUCCUCAUCGCCUGUCUCUUUCUCCACGGAUCUGCUGGAUUAAUUUCCAGUUUCAUGCCUAAUUUCCCCUCGUUCCUCGCCGCCCGGCUCCUCUCCGGCGUCGGAGUGGGAGGCGCGUUACCGGUGAAUUUCCCCUACUUCGCGGAGUUCCAGCCUAGGGACCGGCGGGGUCGGAUGGUGACACUCCUCGCCUCCUGUUUCCUCCUCGGCAACCUCGUCGUCGCCGGUCUGGCUUGGUGGAUCAUUCCCAGCGGAUGGAAGUUUACCAUCUCCUCGUCUCUCGAGUACAACUCCUGGCGAAUUUUUGUGGGAGCUUGUGGAUUGCCCAGCAUCCUCGCUGCCCUCUUCCUCCUCCGUUUCCCCGAGAGCCCCAAAUUCCUUCUCUCGAUUGGGAAAGAGGAAGAGGCCCUCAGGGUGGUGAGCCUGGCACUGGAAACGAGCAUGAAAGGUCCCAGGGGCUACCAGGGAAUCCCAUCCUUGUCACUUAGAUGGAGAGAAUCUGUAAAGCACAUUUGCCUACAGACAGUACAGUUGUUCCGGGGGAAUCUUCUCUUCCGCAUCUGCAUCAUGAUCGUCAUCCACUUCUCUCUUGCAUUUGGAUACUAUGGGUUGUGGAUGUGGUUCCCGGAGUUGUUCAGCCGUCUCAAGUCCUACUACAUACUUCAUUCCCAGCCUGCAAGCGUAUGCGACAUCAUCGGGCUCAACAUUCCUGGGAGAAACGAAUCGACGGAUCCAUGCGAUACGAAACCCGUGGAUCCUUCUGUAUAUCAGGACCAAGUCCUUCUGGCUGUUGCUCCUCUGCCCAUGCACAUCUGGACUUUCCUCCACAUGGACACCUUGGGACGGAAAUUCUUCCUCGUGCUGGGGAUGGUGGUUUCAGGAGUGAGUGUCUUCCUCAUCUCAUUGGUGAGGAACAGCAUUCAGAGUCUCUUGUUGUCCAUGCUCUUCUCGGCCGUCUCUAAUGCGGCCUUCAAUGCCAUCGCUUGCGUCCAGGUUGAGCUCUUCCCCACCCAUCUCAGGGCAACGGGGAUGGCACUGACAGCGGCUGCCUUACGUAUUGGCGCCUUCCUGGGGAAUGUCAUCUUUGGCUACUUCCUUGAUGUUUCUUGUAUCGUUCCCAUGAUGAGCAUUGCCAUAUUCCUCUGUGGUAUGCACAUCCCAUUCCUUAUUGUUCUCUCCUCUGUACUCUAA